ACAUCCAGUGUCUGAGGAUCUCUCUGUUGCAUGGUCUUGUCAUUAACAAAAAGCAGCAAGAGUGGGAGGUUGUGGAGCUCUUCUCAUCUUUUGUACAUGCUGUGUCGGAGCCAGUGAUGAGAGGGUCCCAACAACAGUGAGAGCCACAACACUCAUGCUUUCUCUCUCUCCCCUCCACUUCUUAGUGACACUCACUGCUCUCCUUUGGAUUAUUGCUUUUUUUAUGCUGGAGACGUCCGUGGAGGAUUGAAAGAAGAAUCAGCAAGGAGGAUUAACUUUGCAACUUCUUUAAACCAACUUUUUCUUUACUGAAGUUGGUUUUAUGAGAUUUUCUGCAGCCUUCAGAAUAAUGCCUUUGUGCUGGAGCAGAAGCUCCUGGUUUCCAGUGGUGUUUGGUGCUGCGCUGGUUGUUCUCACUGCUGGCAAUGCUGGACCGAACCAGGACAGGAGGCAGGCUGGGUCAUCCUCAUGCUUUGGAGGCUUUGAUCUCUACUUUGUUUUGGACAAAUCUGGGAGUGUGCAGAAUCACUGGACAGAAAUCUACAACUUUGUUGAACAUCUAGCUCAUAAAUUCCUUAGUCCACAGUUGCGGAUGUCCUUCAUUGUGUUCUCCACUGAGGGAAGGAUCUUGAUGAGCCUGACAGAAGACAGGGAACGCAUCCGUAAAGGUCUAGAGGAGCUCCAGAGGGUUCUUCCAGGAGGAGACACCUUCAUGCAUGAGGGCAUACUGAGGGCCAGUGAGCAAAUAUAUUACGGAAACACUGAAGGUGUUCGCACUGCCAGUGUUAUCAUAGCUCUGACAGAUGGAGAGCUGCACGAGGAUCUUUUCUACUAUGCUGAGAGAGAGGCCAACCGCUCCAGAAGUCUUGGUGCCUCUGUUUACUGCGUGGGGGUGAAGGACUUCAAUGAGACACAGCUGGCAAAGAUAGCUGAUAGUAAGGACCAUGUCUUCCCCGUAAACGAUGGAUUUGAGGCCUUGCAAGGGGUCAUCGACUCGAUCCUGAAGAGGUCCUGUAUCGAGAUCCUGGCAGCAGAGCCCUCUAGCAUCUGUGCCGGAGAGUCCUUCCAAGUGGUGGUGAGGGGGAAUGGAUUCCUCCAUGCGCGCAACGUCGAUAAAGUUUUGUGCAGCUUCCGCAUCAACGACACCCUCACUAAGAUGGUGAAGCCUUUGGUUGUAGAAGAUACAUAUCUCCUCUGCCCUGCACCAGUGCUUCAAGAGGAGGGGAUGGCAGCAAACCUUUAUGUCAGUAUGAACGAAGGUCUCAGUUUCAUCUCCAGUUCGGUCACCAUUACCACUGUUGGCUGUUCUGAUGGGACCAUCCUGGCCAUAGCUCUGCUCAUCCUGAUGCUGCUCCUGGUCUUGGCUCUCCUCUGGUGGUUCUGGCCUCUCUGCUGCACUGUGAUCAUCCACGAACCCCCACCACCAGCUGUGGAGGAGAGUUCGGAUGAUGAAGACUUUGAAACCCCUAAGAAGAAAUGGCCGACUGUCGACGCCUCCUACUAUGGAGGAAGAGGAGUUGGGGGAAUCAAAAGGAUGGAGGUCCGCUGGGGUGAGAAAGGCUCCACUGAAGAAGGAGCCAAGCUGGAAAAGGCCAAAAAUGCCAAAGUGAAGAUGCCCGAGCAGGAGUAUGAGGCAGGCCCCACACGGGUUCUUAACAAUGGCAUGCACAAACCCCCGGGGCCACGCAAGUGGUACUCACCCAUCAAGAGCAAACUGGAUGCAUUGUGGGUACUUUUAAGAAAAGGCUACGACCGUGUGUCCGUGAUGAGACCACAUCCUGGUGACAAGGGCCGAUGCAUGAACUUCACCCGCACAAAGUCUCCCUCUCCUCGCUACCCAAACUACAACAACCAGCAAUCUCCCAUCUACAACCCUCCCGUCAGGAGCCCACCUGCACCGCAGGGCACCCUACCACCGAGCCCCAACAGCCCUCCAUCAUCUCCAUCGUUCUCCUUCUCCACCUUUCCCCUGCUGCCUCCAACGCCUCCUCCCACCUCCAACACUCCCUCCCCUCCCAUCACGCCUCCCCCUUACACACCACCUCCCACCCGGGCCCUUCCUCCAACAGCCCUGCACAUACCUGCCCCGCCAGCGCUCCCACCUACUCCUCCACCCUCUGCCUCCCCGACUGGGUCCCUGCCUCCUCUUCCGCAGGGACCUCCUCCAGGACGGGCCCCUCCACCUGCUCGCCCACCGCCUCGCCCUGGCCUGUAGAGCUCUGGGCACAGAUGGGAGAGAGUUUACCAGGAUUUAAAAAGGCAACUCAGAGUCCCACCAACAAUCAGCACAUGACCAUCAUUGAUUGUACCUGCGAGGACAUGCGAGUGCCGCAUGCCACCCUCAGUGGGCUGUGGCUUUUCUGCCUUGUGAAGUGGAGCAGAGAGGACUUGUUUUUUGCUAUUUGUCUACAGUGACUUUGGUACACAUUUAGCCCAACAGUGCAAUUGCUCUGAUGCUUGAAUUACACAGACAUUCCCUACAAAUGAGGUCAUGCGAGCCGGCUCAAAAACAUUUGCCUCCAUGGUCCUCAGAGCUGCUGCAGGCCCAGUUGUCCCCUCCACGUGCACACAAGAUUGGACGAAUCCUGACCGAGCAGAGGAACAACAGCUUGUUCUGAUGCCUUUGUAUAAGGAGCACAGUCAAAAUGAUCAUGACACUAAAAUAUGUCUGAGUAACAUUCCUAUCUUCCCUGAUAAGAGAUAAAAGACUCAUAUUGCAAAUGUUCCACAUGGGAUGUUUAGAAGAAUCUGAAAAAAAUCCCUGUUUUUGUACUCUUGAAUGUUGAGCAAUUGCAUGCAAUAGUGUUUGAGUUCUUUUUAUAACAUUUCUACCUUGUUUUAUACAACAUAAAUGCAUUUUUUAUUUGUACUUUUAUUGUCGAGUAGACCACAUUUUUCAUUGUUGAGGUUAGACAAAUAAACUGAUAAACACAUGUACAGUAUGUGUAUUUAAACAGCAACGCUACGUAUCUGAACUUGUUCCUGCAACUUUUGACUUCCAUGACAUGUAUUAAACCGGCCUAAUGUGAGUCACAGCUGGCCUUUUUUUUGUGCACAUCAGAGUAAACAGUGAAUUUAGACGUAGUCACCAAACAUUACUAUGACAGACCUGGCCGAGAUGACUGCAAUCACUGCAUACACUGUCUAUCAGUAUGUGGACAAAAAGUAUGUCAUAGUCAGGGAAAAGCUUUGCACAUCAUCUUGCUCAUCCACCCACAGCCUCCAGCAAAAGUUGUUUUUAUGAAGUAUUUUGAUAUAACCAUUUGUGUCAGAUAUCUGGGUGUGUGUGUAUAUGCCAAAAAGGAAAAGACUAGUCGACUAUACAUAUUCAUGACAGCCAGUUUAAUCAACUGAAACAAAAUAAUCCAGUUCUUUUUUUGCACAUGGUGCUUUCAAUUAAAGCAUUCUGUUUCAUGGGUCAAACAAAGUUCAGCGUAGAUUGAAUUAGAGGUUAAUAUGCAGCUGCUCUUUGAUGGUGAUCAGAAGAGUCUCUGCAGAAAGCAAUGAAGAUUGCAGACUCAUCUUUAGCGAUCUCUAGUGAUUCACUCAAUGUCUUAUAUAAAUGUCAUGGCAAAACUGAAAAGACCUUAUGUAACUUUCCACCAAUACAGUACACUGUGUACACGUCUUUGUUUGUUUCAUUCAAAAUGAAAGUAAACAAUUUAA